AUAACACCCACACUUCCCUGGAAGGCCUCAGCGACUCCAGAGAGCCUUGACCCAGUGCCCCUUACUCUGCAGACCAAAACCACAACCAUGUCACUGCGAGACUGCCAGGCGUGGAAGGAUGCUGGUCUCCCGCUCUCAACCACAAGCAAUGAAGCUUGCAAGCUGUUUGAUGCCACCCUGACCCAGUAUAUCAAGUGGACCAAUGACAAGAGUCUUGGUGGCAUUGAGGGCUGCCUGUCUAAGCUCAAGGCAGCAGAUCCAACCUUUGCCAUGGGUCAUGCCAUCUCUAACGGCCUUGUACUCAUUGGCACGGGAAAUUCCGUGAAGCUGGACAAGGACCUGGACCGGGCUGUGAAGACGAUGGUGGAAAUCUCCAAAUCCCAGACUCUGACGCCUCGGGAGCAGCUGCAUGUGUCUGCAGUGGAGACAUUUGCCAAGGGGAAUUUACCCAAAGCUUGUGAUCUCUGGGAACAGAUCCUUCGGGACCACCCAACAGACAUAUUGGCCCUGAGGUUUUCCCAUGAUGCCUACUUUUACCUGGGCCAACAGGAGCAGAUGAGGGAUUCUGUGGCUCGAGUUUACCCCUUUUGGAAACCUGACGUCCCUCUUAACAGCUAUGUGAAAGGCAUCUAUGCUUUCGGACUGAUGGAAACCAACUUCUAUGACCAGGCACUAAAGCUUGCCAAAGAGGCUUUAUCUGUUGAGCCAACAGAUGCAUGGUCAGUGCACACUGUUGCCCACGUACAUGAGAUGAGAGCAGAGAUCAAGGACGGGCUGGAGUUCAUGAAGAACACCGAAGGCCACUGGAAGGAUUCUGAUGUGCUUGCUUCCCACAAUUAUUGGCACUGGGCCCUGUACUUUAUUGAGAAGGGAGACUAUGAGGCUGCACUAACCAUCUAUGACAGCCAUAUCCUCCCGAGGCUGCAGGCCAAAGAAACCAUGCUGAAUGUGGUGAACAGCUGUUCCAUGCUCUACCGUCUUCAGAUGGAAGGGGUGCCCCUUGGCCAGCGCUGGCAGGCUGUCCUACCUGUGAUUAAGAAGCAUACCCAAGACCACAACUUUCUGUUUAAUGAAGCUCACUUCCUGAUGGCCUCCCUGGGUGCACGGGACCUCCAGACCACACAGGAGCUGCUGACCACCCUGCAGGAGGCCAGCAAGUCCCCCGGGGAGAACUGCCAGCACCAGUUGGCACAAGAUGUGGGGCUGCCCCUGUGCCAGGCCCUUGUGGAGGCUGAGAAUGGGAAUCCUGACCGAGCCCUAGAACUUCUCUUGCCAAUCCGCUACCGAAUUGUCCAGAUUGGGGGCAGCAAUGCUCAGAGAGAUGUCUUCAACCAGCUGCUGAUUCAUGCGGCCAUCAACUGCACCUCCAGCACCCAUAAGAAUGUGGCCCGGAGCCUUCUGUUGGAGCGUGAUGCCUUGAAACCCAACUCACCCCUGACUGAGAGGCUCAUCCGCAAGGCAGCUACUGUCCAUCUUAUGUAGUGACCCAGGCCAAGUCCUCGGUCUACAGCUCAGCACUGACCUCCUGGCAUUGGGUUGACUUGUCUGGGUGGGUUAGGGUUAGGAAACAGAGGAUAAGGUUCAGUCCUGAGCAGAAUUCUCCAAAUCAGUAGUUUGGUAGAAAUAUGGGACACAAAUUAAUUUUGAUUGAUAUUCAGAAUUCCUCCUCAGGGCCAACAUGCAUUUUUAAGCCUCUGGAACCCAAGCAGUGCUACUAUUUGUAGAUGCCUUGAACAUUGGAUUUUCUUGUUCUGAGGCUGGCAGUCAGAGCAGAGCUGUGGCCAGCUCAGCUGGGAGGUAUAGAAAUGCCUUCCACAUAUACCUGUUACUAGUGAAAGCUUUUCAUUUACUUUUUUUUAUAUUCUACACAGGUCCUGCUGUCCCAUUUCCCUGGGGAGGAUUCCAGUGAGCUGCCUGGGGUCCCAGCUAGCAGAGGAUUUUCCUUUUGAGUGGGGGAGGGGACUCUGCUUCAUUGGCUUUGGUUGUCAGCCCCAGACUGCUGCACCUGCCACCAUCCCCAAAGAUGAGGGGAAGGAUGACUUCUGUGUCCCUGGGGGGAUUUGGUGGUGCCAACUGGAGCUUCUCUUAAACUGCACAUGGGAGUGAAUCUUGAGGGGUGUGGCUUCCCUGGCAGACCUCUGAUUCUGCUCGUAUGAGUAGGUCUGAGAUCUGAGCCCAGAGCUGCUCUGCUGUGGCAAAUAAUGAAAACAGUGACAUGGCUUCCACAAGACUUCAACCCAUGUCCUGCUUCCGUGACAGCCCUUCCGUGAUAUCCUCCUGGAAGUGCUGGUGCAGGCUUGAUGCUGUCCUCCUGAAGAGCAGAUGCAAAUGCAAAGAUGUUCCUCAGGUCCCUUCAGUUCCCACUCAAGUGUGGAUUGAUGGGCAGGUCUCCCAGGGGACCUGGAGGUUUCUACACACCCCAAGCUUUGCUCAGUCUGCCCAGACCUGGACAAAUUCUGGGCAUUAAAAGCAUUCAAUUGGU